GGAUCUCGGCAAGAAUAAUCUCAGUUCUCUACCGAACCUAAAUAUUCGAAGGUUUAAGUUGGAGGGCCUGUAAGUUGAAACGCUUUAAAAUGUAUAUCGUAAACCCUGCAGUAUACUUCCCAUUAGGAAAUAUUCACUUCAGUGUAUAUUCGAGUGGGGGAAGGAGCUUAUUCGAGAGAGAGGAUUGUUGUUUCGUAACUGUAACGCCUUCUUAUCUAUAUCAAUAUAUAUAUAUUAUAUAUAAGAACGUUUGCCUGUCUUUGGAAACCACUCCCCUGAGAGUUUUCACAAAAUUCAGAUUCAUUGUUUUAAAUUAUCAGUAUUAAAAGUUGAAUGGGUCGAAUAGACAGAUAAUUUAUUUAUUUUAACCAAAUCAUAUAAAUCGUGUAAAAAGCCACGUUUAAAGCUUGCAUUCGUCAAGAAAGGAUUUAGUUGAUUGGGGAUAAAAAUAUUUAUAUUGUGAAUUUUCAAAAGAUGUUUUCAUCGUUCUCUCUCCUUGGCAUAACUUUUAAAAAGUCUUUUCCUCUAGAAAUUUGGAUGAAAACAAUUUCACUGUAGUACCAACGACGGUGCUGUCGAAAAUGAAAAACUUGAGAAUUUUGUAAGUAGCAAUCCUAAUCAAUCUUGUAACUUGCCUCAUGUUAAAUACUCAAUGUCUCCAUUAGCUGUUCAAAUAUUUGCAGAAUAUUCAGUUGUUAGUACGUAUGUUUGCUUUUCUCUACCUGUCGUGCACGCACCGGAAGCAGGUCGUUGCUUCUGUUAUAUAGAGAGAUUUCUUUUGUUUGGAGGGCAGACAUUUUUAACCUAGGGUCUUUUUAACUUCCUGGGGCCGAUUGUUGGAAAGCCGAUUAGCUUAACCUAAAUUCCAAAGCGAAACUCUAAAGUUUAUAUCAUCAAAUCUUUCCUGGUGCCAUUAAAUUCUAGUUGUUAUGUACACGAAUUUAGGACAAUAAAAGUCUUUUUAGGUUUCGCUUUAAAAUGUUUCGCUGUUUUGCUAUAUAUAUACUGUAUAUAUUUAUCGAAUGCUGUCAUAUCAAUCAAUACACUCUUUUCGAGGUAUAGUCGAGUUGUAUUUAGAACCUCGUUAUCCUGUGCUUAACAUUAGUUUUAAAGCCUAACAAUCCAAUUACGAGAACGAGGCUCUGUAGCCAAGGCGACGUGCUUUCAGAAAACGUGUAUUAAAGUAUAGUAGCCAGAAAAUGUACAUAAAAUACAAACAGUUUAAAAACAUUUUUGAGUAUUGGAAGAGUUAACAUUUUCAGCAAAGGAAAUGUAACAGCUUACUGAUUAGAAGCGCGAAUUUGAAACAUUUGGUUUCAUAUACGCUACUUUUCUAGAUACAUGAUGGAUAACAACAUCCAAGAAAUUAACGAGAGUUGGAUUCACGAAAAUCUACGAACACUGUAAGUUCAACAAUUGUUAAAAAGGGCGCAGUCACAUGAUAUUCUAGGGAAAACAAUAGGCAAUUCCAGCUUUUAAAUUAUGCGCGCGGGGGAUGACGGAAAGUAAGGUAUCAUAUUGCUGAUUAUCCUGAAAAAAUUGAUUAAAACUGCCGAAACAACCGAAAUAUUUCAAUAUUUACAAGUAUAAGCUGUCACUCCGUGUUUACACGGUCGCCAUUUUUAUUUUUCAGCAUAAUCAGCAAUAUCACCUUACUUCCCAUCGCCCCCUGCACGCAUAAACUAAAAGCUGGAAUUGCCUAUUGCUGAUAAAUUGUUAGAUCCGUCCCACUAUUGUAUGUAUGGUACUCCAAAAAUUUGGUGUACUGUAAAUGGAGUCGCCUGCAGAAGGUUUUUGACGUAAAUAAAGUUCGACGACAGCUUAGAUUUAUUAUAUGUAAAGAUGGACUUCUUUGUUUUCCAGGGAAUUGGAUAGAAAUGAGAUAAAAAAGUUCCCGCGAUUGAUGAUGCCAAGGUUAAAUAAGCUGUAAGAAACGCUUUAUUUAUUUUAUUUUAUUGAUUAAUUAUUGGCGUACAUAAUUUAAUUAAUUAAUUAAUUAAUUAAUUAAUUAAUGGAUUAGUGAGUACACAAUAGUCGUUCGUCCAUUGUGGUGACAAUUCAGGGACGAGCUGGCUAAGGGCGAGACAACGAGAACUCGUUGUGGGUCUUUGCCAUCAUGGGCCCCUAAAAUCAAAACAUUCAAAUUUUUUUCAAACAUUGAGAUUUUUAUUUUCAAAAUCAAGAUUAAGAUAUUACAGUUUGUAUUGUAAAAAUCAAAAUUCACGAAAAUAUUACGGAAGAAUUUUCGUAUGGACAAAUUACUAUAUGUCCAAAAAAAUUUUGGUAUAUACGGACGAUGCUAUUGACCUAGGUACAGCUAUAUUUCAGCGCUUUUUCACGUGAGAAGGCUGGAAUCAAGGUAAUUUCUGGGCGGAGAGAAGGAAUUGCUAGCUUAUACAUUGUAUAGUCUCCGGCAUCCAACAUCGUGAUGUCAUUGUAGUCGAUUAACCUGCAAAUCAAGUGCUGGCUACCGAGUAAAGGCCCUAUAGGUUUUAACUGGGGACCGAAUUACUUGUUAAAUGACGUGAUAUUCUGAUGUAAAUUGUAUUGAUAUGAAAUGCAGUAUAAAAUAAAUUAAUGAAAACAGAACUUAAAUGAUUAUAGCAAACGAUUGCAUAAAAUAACACAGACAUGAAACACUAAAAUCUCAAAAUAUCUCUUACUCUCAUAUAAUAUAGGUCACUCCGCGACAACAAAAUAGAAGAGAUCCCAGAAAAUGCGCUUAAAAAUACUAAGAUGCUUGAGAUGCUGUAAGUG